CAAGAUGUCGCUGUGAGGAAGGCGAUUUCAUUCAUUUGGCGCAUCAUUUGUACCGCUUUUCACCUGUCAGCUUUACAGAAGUCUCUCACAGAAACCCGAAUCAAACAUACGAGUAUGUUCCGUGCACUGUACGAUUUUGAAGCGACAGUCCCCCAUACUUUAAGCUUCAAUCGGGAUGACAAAUUCACUGUCAUUGAUCAAAAACAUCCCGACUGGUGGCUCGUCCAAAAUGGAUUCGGGGAGGUUGGUUACGUCCCUGGAACGUAUGUCACCAAAGACGAGACCAGCCCAAUCAGUGAUGUCUUGAAGUCAAUAGACCGUGCCAUUGAGGCAAUUCAUUUCUCAGCCACAUGCUCUGGAGGGAAAUACACCCAUGAGCAGAGAGAGAACCUACAAAAGUUGGUCCAGCAUCGUAAGAAUGUGGCAUCAGAGAACCAGCAGAUUCCUCCUCAGCCCAAACGUCAAGCUCCUCAGCCGCCAUCUGAUUUGAGUAAACGUGGCAAAAAACCCUCCCCCAAACGGGGACCUCCACCUCCUCUUCCAAGGGCAGAUGAAGUUCCAGAGCACUCUAUCGCUGCUGUAAAACAUGGAAAAGAUCACAGUAGCACAGUCUCUGUAAAUGCAGCAGCCUCUCAGUCUAAAGAGACUGACACAACAGUAUCCACAGUGCCAAAGAAAACUGUAGACACAGCAUCCUCUCAUUCAAAAGUGACUAAUACAACUGUAUCGCCAGUGCCAAAAGACAAUACCCCCAUCACAGAAGAGGGGUCCAAGUCUGAAAACACUAGUCCCUCAGAUGGCGUACCUGUUAUGAGACGAAAAAGCAUAGGACCUGGUAUUGAUAUACCCGAAUCCUUGGGGGAGGACCUCAUUGAACUGGUGCGGAGGAACACCAAGUUGAGUUAUGAACUUUCAAGGGUUGCCGUGGGAACUGUUGUCAGCACCUUAAAAGACAAAAUCCCUGGGGUUGCCAUGGCAAUGGAGGAGGUUUUAAAGAAUCUGCUGCACACACAGAGAGAGUCUCACAGCCUGGAAGGCAGUCAAGAUGCAGUAAGACUUCAAGUGAUAUUUUCUGAGAUCUCUGCUUGCAAAGACGACUCUCAGCAGCGAGGCUGGUCCCUCUAUGAAGAUGAAUCAGUCAUACUGGAAUACUUAGAGGAGCUGUUAUCAAUACUUAAUGGUGCUAAUCCAGACAUCUGCCGGCAAAUUGUCUCAAUGGAAAAAUAUGAAGCCGUGGACACCCUAGUGGUUUACUAUCAAAUGGAAACCAGGAAGUCCAUACGUUUGCAGUUACUACAAGUAUUUGGUGCUUUAUGUGGUCUGGAUGCUAAAAUCAUCUCUAUGCUGUUGACUACUAUAUUACCAAUAGAACUUGCCAGGGACAUGCAGACAGACACAGAUAUUCAGAAGUUGAGUUACUCAUCCCUUGUGUUGACAAUGAUAUUUUCAAUGGGAGAACCCUUGCCAUUCCAUACAUAUGAACAUUUGAACAAAACGUUUGUUAGUUUCCUAUUCAGCAGUAUAGAAAACCCCCUGGCAGAAGAUGUUGAGGAGGUUCUCUCGGAUUCCUAUGUGAACUUGAUCCUCUCGUUCAACCUGCACUUCCAGCAGUUUAAAGAUAACUUGGUCAUGCAAGUCUUGGCAGAGAGAGGAACCUCGAAGACAUUUACAGAGAAAGUCUUAUUGUUGGUUAACAGAGAAGCUGACCCAGUGAGGAUGUUUGAGCAUGAUCCCAAGCCCCCUCACUCCGUACUGAAGCUGUUCAUGGACAUAUUUUCCCAACCCGAGACUGCUGGUGUCCUCUAUACCAAUGAUGCCAAGGUGCUGAUAGAUAUUGUCAUUAGGCAGAUCACAGAUCUUUCACCAGGAGAUGCAAUGAGAACAGAGUAUCUUUCCCUUAUCCACCUGAUCUUUAAGAACUCAGACUACUCAGAACACAUGCACAGAAGCUCAGAACUGCAGAGUCUCUUCAUGAAAGUAUCCCGAGAGGAGGCAAAAGAGAGCGAGAUGGAUAAAUUGAUAGUGCAGCAGAUUUGGUCAGAUUUUCCACAGUAUUUCGGUAGCGCAGUUUGAUAUCCUCAGCAGUGGGAGAUGGAUCGGGAUGAAUGGUAUCAAGCACUGCCAGAUGUUCACGAGAAUGACUUAGGCCAGUGGACAGAGAAACAGCUGAAGGCCUUGUAGAACCUGAGAUGGAAAUGACCUUGGCUUGCAAAAUUCUACAAAAUUAAAGCUACGACCUAUGACUUUGAAGUUGACAGGCACUCAGAAUUUACAUGAAAUGUACUGUUGGGUGUCAGGACAUGUUAUACUUAGUAGCAGUCUUUUAAAGGUAGCCAUAUUAGAAAUGCUUUUAAAAAACGGCUGAAAAGUUGGUUUAAAGAAAUUAAUGGUUGAAAAGCAUUGUAUUAGCAGAGAGUCCAGAAGAUGAUUGGCUGUGGAUCAGUGCCAUUAAAUAGAGACUGAAAUAAGAAAAAAAAAUCGCCAUCACUAAAAUUAUAAUUUUGAAAAGUUAGUCCAUGUAAGUGAUUUUUACCUAUUACGUUUUUGCCCAAUGGGGCUUUAGUACAAUUUAAAGCUAUUUUUGAAUAUCUAAAGUACUGUUUUUUUAUUUCAUCAAAUAAUAUUUGAUUAAAUAAUCUUACAUGAAUUAUCAAAGUUCAGAACAAAUAUGAAGCACUAGUUGCAUAUUAUGUUCUAAUUUACAAUAUUUAGGAUUAUUAAUCACAACUUAUUCAGCACAAAGUGGAAUGUUGCUAAAAGAGACAAAUGGACUUCUCUAAAAUUAAAAUUUGGAAAUUGCACCAGCUGGUGAAAGAAUUUUGGCUUCUUAAACUUGACUGAAGUGCCAUACCACAGUUUUCAGUUUUAAACAUGCAGAACUUAAGAAGUAAGAAUCAUUUCACAUUUUGACUGUAUACUACUAAAAUCCUUUUAUAACAUUGACUUUUUUAGUGUUGUAUUUUGAACUUUUACAUUGUUUAUCUGUGUAUGUAAGCCAUUUGGUGUGAAAAUUAAUGACAUUUCUUUUCUUGUGCAUGUAUAAACUGUGAUUAUGGUAUUUUUUUAAAAAUUGUUUAAAUGUAAACCUUGUCAAUAUUUGACAACUAACCUCACAUUCAAGUCUUCCAAAUUAUGGAUAAAGUAUUAUUAUUGGAGAUUUAGGGGAGUUUUCUAAGACUGCUCACAACAUGCCUAGCAUGAAGUCCUUUCCUUAUGCAGAAAAAGUUGCAAUUGUAAUGAAUGGGUAAAGAUGGUGCAAUAUUGUAGAAGCUCAAAUGAACUUGUGAUUGCAAAUUUUUUUCAUACCUAUUUUAAAUUAUAUUUGGUGGAAUAAAUUGAUGUUUAAACACAUUUUGUCUCUUCAGUAUUUUCUUCCACAUACUCGACCUGUUGAGUUAAAAUGUUAUAACUACAUGGGUAUAUGCCUAAGGUAAAAAAUUAAUAAAGUCUAAACUCAAAAUCAUAUU